GUUACACGCGCGUGUCGUCAGAUUUUAUUCAGAAAAGUUUGGCAGUCGCAUGUGCGCUGUCAAAUCUUGACUUGCAUCGGUGUUACAAUUAACAAUCCCCUCAUAACAGCAACUGGAAGAAAACAUGGAAGAAAACCCUUUAGCCAAGUUUCAACAUGAGCCGGAUUUGAUUGAUAUUUUGUGGAGGCAGGAUGUUGAUUUGGGGGUGGAGCGAGACAUCUUUGAUGGGUGUCUUCGGCAGAGGGAGGAGGAUGCCAGGAGAGCGAGGGAGAGUGAACAGAAGAGAGAGAGAGAGCUAGAAAGGAUUAUGCAGAGGUUACAGAAACUAGACAAGGAGACUGGAGAGUUUUUGCCUAGUCCUUCACCAGUGAACACACAGGCCAUGCCCAUGUCAACGCCGGUGCCCUCUGCAGUGUCUACUCAGCAUUCACCAGUCACGCAGAAUCCUUUGCUAUCUGCCCUGCUGUUCUCAAAAACUCAGAAGCUCCCUUCUGAGGAGCAGGACUUCAGUGAACUACUGUCGCUGCCAGACCUACAGCAAAUUUGGGAUCUCUUGGCAUCUGAGUGCUCAGAUGAUAUCACCGAAAUCUGCAGCCAGAACAUUUCCAUGCCACAGAGGAAGAACUCAACAGAUGAGUUUCUGACAGUUUCCGACUCUUUUGAGGUUGCUCAACCUCUGUCACUCACACCCUCUGAUCCAGUAGAUGUCCUGGAAACAUGCAUACAAAUGUUCUCACAUCCAAGCAAUCCCACAGAUUCAGCCUCGAACUCAAUCUUCAGCUCGAGUCCCCCCGAGAAUCUUAAUCAAAUGAGUUUAACUAAAUGCCAGCUAAACUCAAGCCAGUCAACCCUCAGUGAGUUCCCUGCACUUCCAAGUACAUACAAGCUUAUUACCAGCACACUCAGUCAACCUGAACAGUCAAACGGUGCUCCUGGGUCACUUUCACGAUUUACUGACAGCCCCGUCCUGCUUGAUUUUGAGGAUUCUUCUUCUGCUGGCUCUGCAGAUCUAGAUACAUCCCUCUAUGCUGCUGACUCAAAUAAUGGCCAGUCAGAUGAGGAGGAGAUGGAGAGCAGCCAACCGGAUUACACCGAUCUGCUUCCUUUAUCACUGCACUCAGAGUCUGUUGAGGCAACAAUAUACAAAACUGUUACGUAUGCACAACAUGAUGCUAAACAUCAAAUCCAAAAUGAAUAUUUUCAAAAUGUAACAAAAAACGGUAAACAACGGUCAAACCUCAUGGCGGGAAGUGGAGGUGUCCGUCGUCUGUCUCGUGAUGAACAGCGCGCUAAAGCAUUGGGUUUGCCGCUCAGUGUGCAUGAAAUCAUCAACCUGCCUGUGGAUGCAUUUAACGAAACCGUCAGCUCCAAAAAACUCAGCCACGCCCAACUUACCCUUAUCAGAGAUAUUCGAAGGCGUGGCAAAAACAAGAUGGCUGCCCAGAGCUGUCGCAAACGCAAGUUGGAUAGUUUUUUUGAUCUCGAGGACGAGAUUGAGGGUUUGAAGAAGGAGAAGGAUCAAAGGAAGGAAGAAAAAGAGAGGAAUGCUAGAGAUCUUUGUGAGAUGAAAGAGAAGCUUAGGAAACUCUACAGUGAGGUGUUCAGACAGCUGAAAGAUGAACAUGGAAACUCCUACAACCCUAAAGAGUACACACUACAGCACAGCACUGAUGGGAUGGUUUACCUACUGCCACGUAACACAGGCAACAAGAAAAACACAAUGACACAGGAUUUACUAUAGCUGUGUAACACACUACAGCAAAGCUCUCUUAGGAAGACUUGUUUUUGUAACCUCACACACUAAAAUGCAGAGAACAUGCAUUUACAUGCAAUCAUUACACCUGCCUGAGUCAGAGAAGUCUACUUUCUGCCACACAUUACUUUUUAAGCCACAAAAUCUACAAUGAAAAAGUGGUAACCUGCAACUCUUACUUUGGUGUAAUCUGAGGCAGACGAAGUGUGGCAUGUCAAUUUAUUUUUUCAAUUUCAAUAGUUUUGAAAUAGGCAGAGAUUAUUUAUUUACAGCCUGAAAAUGCUGAAAUACUGCAUAAACGGAAUAGUUGGAAAAACAUCAGCUUCUCUGAGGGCUGUUUAAGAUGCAUAUUCAGAACUUUUAUCAUUUGGAAAAAAUGUAUGAGAUGAUGUACAGUGAUCAGGGUCUUGUAUCAAGUGGCUUAUUUUGUGAUAAUGACCGGCUGACUGUAGAUUGUCUUACUUAUUACACAGUUACUUACAGAAGAAAGAAAGACAUAUUCAUUUGAGUUUAAAUUAUUUUAUUAUGGGAGAAGAAAGAGACUGUUGAGUGCAAACUAGUACAGUGAUGUAGGAACAUAUGGUUGCCUGGGACAGUGGUCUGUUUCAUUGUUUUAAAUGUUAUACAUUUUAUUUUUUACACAAACAAAAUUUAACACCAGAAUGCUGUGAUUGAUCAGUCUAAAGUAUUUCUGAGAGUUAAGUAAUAUAUAUGGGAGUUUCUUUGUAACUUCGGGCACUUUUGUUUUUAUUCAAACAAACUGAUUUCCACCUUUUUCUUUUUGUUAUAUAAAGUUCUCAUCAAAACUGAAUUGGACACUUUUUUUUACCAGGCCUUCAUUUCUUUUUGUAACUUUUCAAAUGCUUUAUUGAAUAGAUUUGAUUGUUUAUCCUUUUUCUAGACCAAGCCAAAACUACAUUCAUGCAUCCAUAUUAAGCUCUUAAAAUACUAAUCUAUGAAAAUACAUUUAAAAAUUAUAAUUUUGACUGACAAUUUAAGCAG